CAAAAUAAAAUUGAAUUGAGUGAAAAGUGUUCGCUGCCGGAUUUUAUUUGGAAGUGAGAGAAUCGGAGAGCGUCAAAUAAUCUUUAAUAUUUAUAGAAAUCCUUUAAGAAAUUAAUUUAGAAAUAACUGUAUUUAAAUUGUAGUGCUUCCGUUCUUUAAGUUUUAAUAUUAUUUUCGAUUUUUGCUUAGUUAGUGACAAAGACAGGAAUUCCAAACAUAGUAUCGGAUAGGUAGAGGACAUUCGCUGGGCGUAAAAAGAAAAUGGCGUGUGCUACUCUCAAAAGAAAUUUGGACUGGGAGUCCAUGGCGCAAAUGCCUGCUAAAAGGCGAAGGUGCUCACCAUUUGCAGCCAGCUCUAGCUCAAGUCCUGGAAUUAAAGUUUCUGAGAGCAGACCUUCGUCAUUUGGAGAAUCCGUUAUUGCACCUGUGAAACUGACCCCAGAGCGCAUGGCACAGGAGAUAUGUGACGAGAUCAAGCGUCUGCAGCGUCGUCGCCAACUGCGUCUGACUAACGCGGCGGCCUCUUGUUCCUCGUCCAGCGGCUCCGAGGGCGAUUGCUCGCCGCCGCAUCGCUCCACACACAACACACAGAAGGUGCACCACCGUGCCCUCUUCACUUUCAAACAGGUGCGCAUGAUCUGCGAGCGAAUGCUCCGCGAGCAAGAAGUGGCUCUGCGCUCCGAGUACGAGUCGGCGCUCAGCACCAAGCUGGCUGAACAGUACGAGGCCUUCGUGCGCUUCAAUCUUGACCAGGUGCAGCGCCGACCCCCGCCCGCGACUUGCAUGCCCCUUGGCAUGGACGCCGAACACCACAUGCACCAGGACCUUGUCCCCAGCUAUCUGUCCUAAUGACAACGGAGUCGGCAUUGCGGUAUAAUACUGCAUCUAUAUCAAGACAAACAUAUUUUGGUAUAUGUGAAUAUUAUAUGCGGGAGUAAAGUAUCCUAAUGAAUCAAGACAUUGUGAUUGCUAGUGGAAUCUGACGCUGGUUAAUAUUGCGAAACAUUUUUACUAAACGUACAGUAUUAUUGUACAUCAAUAAAUGCAGUUAUUUCCCACCACAGUUAAGUUUUCUCAGUUCAAAGUUGUCCAAUAGCCUUAGCGUCGCAAUAUUGUCCGCGUGAGAUUCCACGGUUUAGUUCAUGCCACAUACACAUAAUUAGCUUUUAAUGCUUUAGGUAAGGUACGCUGGAUAAUUGUGUUCAUAGACUGAGGAUCGACGAGACGAGCUACGUACGGCCGGACACGACACUCAGCCCUGGCUAGUGUUCGUAACAGAAAACGGGUUUGUUAACAGAAUUAUGUCUAUUAAACAGAUACGGAUGACAAGUAUACACUUGUAUUUUGUAUAUUUUCUAAAGUAACAUUACGGAACCUGUAGUAACAUAUAAUCUACACAAAUAAUAAAUUCACGAAGAGUGCCUCUUUAAUCAUUGUCCUCAAAAGUGCGAAUUAGUUAGCCAUAAUUAUUUUUGAUUGAUGAUUAUUUUUACUGUACUUUUCUUUAUAGUGUUGUCGAAUUAUAGUUGUAGUUCGUAAAUUAUAUUUAAUUUGAUUGUAUAGGGCUCGGCAGAUGCCAGCCCAUAGCUCUACUUGAGAGACGGCUCUUGUAUCAGACAGUUCGGGAUCCCUUUAGUACUAUUUAAAAUGUAUUCUUAUCUAUAACGGCGAUCUAGCCAAUAUUUAACUACUACUGAACUUAUUUCCUCGAAAUUAACUCACUGAUACAUGGCUUUUAGAGAAUGAUUAAUUAGCUUUAUUUAAAUUUUUAAGUUAUUUUUUUUCUCAAUAAUGUAUUUUGAAUGAUACUGCGUCGCUGUCGACGAACACUGCACUCGACGAAACAUUAUUGGGUUUGUUUUAUAAUAAUUGUUUAGUUGUAACUUUUUAUUGAAUACAAAAAACGAUAUUUGUUACCAAGCAUUAUUCAAUAAAAAAUAGGAUAGGACUUUUUUUAAAUUGUAUUAUCAGCUCUUUAUUGUAGGUUAUUGGCGAUUAAGAACUGAAAAUAAAUUAGCUAAACACCCAU